AUGCUAUUAUUUGUUGAUGGAGGUAAAGAAUAUCAGACAAUUUUCACCACCCUGGCUGGAAUAGCAUUCGGAGCUCGGCUAGACUCCUCCUACCUACCCCCAAGGGUAGGCACAGGGUUCGGAACGGGUGGAGUUUUCGGAGGAGUUGGUACUGGAGGCUACGUAGCCCCAAUCGGGGUAGUCCCCGGAGCUAUCGGAACAGGAUUUGGGGGAGUUGGCGUUGGAUACAGAAGCGGACCUCAAAUUCCAAUAAUCAGAUACGAGAACAACCCCAAUCAAGGCGACGGCAGCUACAGUUGGCUCUACGAAACUGGCAACGGCAUCGCUGCCCAAGAGCGAGGAUUCUUGAAGAACGUGGGGCCUGAAGGGGCCCAACAAGCUGAAGGUGGUUUCUCUUACACAGCUCCCGAUGGCCAGAGGAUCAGCUUGCAGUAUGUAGCCGAUGAGAAUGGAUUCAGACCCGUCGGAGCACAUCUACCAACCCCGCCACCGAUCCCAGAUGCUAUUUUGAGAUCUCUCGAGGCAAAUAGGUUAGAAGAAGCAAGAGGAGGAUACAGAGGUGAUGAAGGCCAGUACCGCCCCGGAAUCGGAGAAGGGACUUACACUUCCGGUGGAUACAGAUACUAACUAGCAGUUGAAUGAGGAGACAUAGAGCCAGUUCAAACGACAUAUCAUAGUUCGGAUAGUGACGGAGGUUUUAUUUUGAAAUAUAUUUAUAUAUAAUGUAGGAGAUAUAUAAUUAAUGUAUUUUUAAUUUAUCGUGUGUAAUACUGCAGUAUUUGUGAUUUCCUGUGAUGUUUAUUAGAAAAAUAGCAUGGGGAAAUAAAGUAUUCCUAUUAUA